GUAGGCAGGGGCCUCCGGGACUUGAGCAGCGCAGGCGGGUUUGGUGGCAGCCGAUGCAGGUGAGCAGAGCGGACCUCGGCUUUUCCUCCACUUACCACUCUCGAGGUGCCAGACAUCCCGUCACCUUAUCAUCAGCCACUUGGGGGAAGAGGUGUGAUGCAUCGCAAUUUGCACCUCACCACCACCUUUCACCACCCAAUGCUGCCCAGAUGACAUCGACCAACUUUGCGCAAGCGCAGCAGCGCCUGGCAGCACGACGACAAGCCCGCGAAGCCGAUAACGCAGCACGACUCGCCGCCCAGCGUGAUUCCUCGCGCGCCCGCGCCCAGAUUGAUCGUUUGCCCUUCCCUUUCAGUCGCCUCGGUUCAGCAUGGGACUCGAUAUCAACGCAAGACGGCACUCGCCCCGCCUUCAGGGUCGGGCAAGUCGACGCAGAAUUACUCGAUGACGAACUAUUGGAGUUGCUUCGCGGCCAGGUUGGCGAUGCGCUCAAGUACUUCGCUGGCGGCCACCUGAAAGACGACUGGUCUGCCGAGAUCCUUCUUGCACUUCGCGCCAUCCUAUUCAAGUUGACAGUCUGGGACAACGACGCGACAUAUGGAGCAGCUCUACAGAACCUGAAAUACACGGAUGCGCGCAAAGAUGGAUCCGUCCUCGUUGCGCCAUCUAGGUGGCAGAAGUCACUAUACGGAUUGGCCACCGUAUUUGGGAAAUACGGCUGGGAGAAGUGGGAAAACUGGUUGCUCGAGAACGACGAUGGUUAUAGCGACGAGCCCAACCCUCGACUUCAAAGAUUGUCGCGGCUGACGUCUCGGAUAACGACGCUCCACGCUGGAGCAGCCUUCGUUUCGUUUCUCGUCUUUCUACUGCAAGGAAGAUAUCGCACCCUUCUCGAUAGAGUCUUACGAAUGCGCCUGGCUCCACCAACUAGUCAGGUGAGCCGAGAGGUCUCUUUUGAAUACCUUAACCGACAACUUGUUUGGCACGCUUUCACGGAGUUUCUGCUAUUCAUACUGCCGCUCGUUGGCAUCAACCGGUGGAGGAGGUGGAUUUCAAGGACAUGGCGCAAGACGAAAGAGAUCAUCACCACAAAGGGAGACGAAGAUAAGUCGGCUAAUGGCGAAUUGGGCUUUUUGCCCGAACGCACAUGCGCCAUAUGCUAUCAGGAUCAGAACGCCCUUGCGAGCACAGAAACCGAGAUCAUGGCAGCGGCCGCAUCAAGCGGUGUUAUCGGCUCAUCCCAAACCGAUAUCACCAAUCCUUACGAGACCAUUCCUUGCGGCUGCAUCUAUUGCUUUGUCUGCAUCGCAACUCGACUAGAGCGCGAAGAAGGUGAAGGCUGGACGUGUCUCAAGUGUGGCGAGCUCGUCAAAGAGUGCAAGCCAUGGAGCGGCGACGUUUUAGAGCCACCAAAGAAGUCGCCAACUGCCAAAGUCGUGGCCUUUCUAGACGACGCCAAGGAUUCCCAGAGUGAAAUUGGCACGGAGGGCAACGCUGAUAGCGAAGAGGGCGAAGGCAUGAACAGCACCGAGUUUAUUGAUGUUUCUCAAGAUAGAGAUGAUUCUGACGAUACGGAUACUGGCGACUCAGAAGGGUUCGAGGAGACAAUGGACCAGGACGAGUAAAGAGGCUACAAAUAACCACACUGUACACCAUUGCACGACUUAGCACGGGCAUCAUGAGGUCUUCAUCUUUCUAGGCAGCGUCUUCGUCCGAAGACAGCACAAGCAAGCGAUCAUCAAUACGCAUACGCAAGGAGUUGCUGAGAGUCCUUAAGAGACAUGGACGGAUAUGCGGUAGUAAUCCAACUCUUUAGGAAGUCACGAAUGCAAGGCUUAUUAUCUUGUCAUCUCAACAUCGCAUUACAAGCUCAUCUCCC